AUGACACAACGUGACGAGCUAGACGCAGACCUCACCGACGAAUCCGACGACGAAGAAGAAGAUGAAGGAGAACUCGAUCUUUUGGAGCAUACACGGACAUCUCGACCUUUAGCAACAGCCUCUCGACCUCUAGAAACAGCAUCUCGCGCUCCCACCAGACCGACAACACAACGAGAAACCGCAAGGAGCAGGGCAGCAGCUCGCCAACGCGACGACCAAAAUUCUUCGACGUAUCUCAACCAACCCGUUCAAACCUCAUACACGACAAGUCUUUUUUUCGAUCUUCUUGAACAGAAUUACAUUGACCUGGAGCCGGAAUAUCAGCGAGACAUUGUAUGGUCCGAACAAAAACAAAUGAACCUGAUUGACUCCCUCCAUCAUAAUUACUUUGUUCCGCCUCUCGUAUUCGCGAUCAUCGACGGCAGCUCAGUAAAAGGCUCUGAAAAACGUACCUGUAUUGAUGGAAAGCAACGGUUGACCUCCAUUUUAAGAUUCAUGAAAGGCGAAAUAGCGCUUACAAUCAGUAUCACUCACAAGAAGCUCUGGUGGACAAAGCGACAUGGCGAGAACAAGAGGUUGCUUUCGGCAGAUUGGAAAAUGAGUUUCAAGCAAAAGGCAAUCCUCUGUGUUGAUUACAAGGGGUUGACGCCUGAACAAGAGCGCGAAAUAUUUCAACGAGUCCAAAUGGGAGUCCCACUCACCUCAAACGAACGUCUAGCAGCCAUCAACGGCCCACUCGCCGACUGCAUCCGCGAUCUCAAGAAAUGGAUAAACUCAUUCUCCGGCUUCGAGCUUUACAUGGAUUGGAACGAAUGUGGUGCCAAAGCCCGCGUUUUCCAGGUGCUAGCGCAGGUUGUAUACCUCAUAGACCACGCAUCCAACAAGAAACGGUUGGAACCAAACGUCCGUCGCUUGGAAACAUGGCUUUACAGCAAAAAUCAGUCCCCGGAUCUAGCCAAGACGUCGGCGGCAGCGCGCCUUACUAUGGGCAUCUAUUGCAGGAUUAUCGCACACCCGACAUAUGGCGCCCCUAUCACCAAAAGCUCCCAUGGUGGCUUGUCGACGAUCGAGUUCGUGGGCAUAAGUCUUCUUAUAUUCAGAUUCAAAGAUACGCUGUCGGAUUGCCAGAUGUCACAUGCGAUCGACUUGUUGAGGUAUGAUGCCAGGAUCAACGACAAGAAGAACGCGCUUGCGACGUUCAAGCACGUUUCGGAGUUCGUGUAUAAGCGCGUGCCUGUUUCCAAGUUGAACACCGACGAGAACAGCGUUGUUGCGGCGAAGAUGCCAUUUUUGCAGAGUACGACGGGGAAGCCGGUUACCAUGCCCAUGCGCGUUGACGCUUCAGCUUCAGCUUCGUCCAGGGUGAAGCCGCCCUCAUCCAAGAGGAAGCGAGUGGAGGUGGAAGAGUCGGAUGAUGACGACGGUGUACCCUUGUCACAGAAGAAGAAGGCAGUAGCGCUGAAGAGAAGAAAGGCGAGCCCGAGACCCCAAGAAAACGACGACGAAAGCGAUGAUGGUGUCAUCACCUCUGCACCCCCAUCCAAACCCAAGAGUGCAAUACGCGCGAAUCUGAAGAAGCCUAGAUCUGCAGCUGCGACAUCUCCAGCUACAGCAGGGAGAACUACGAUCAAGCGAUCCACGACGAAAUUGGGCAGCAGUAACCCAGCCAAGGCGUCGACUUCUUACACGACCCAGACACAGACAGUUAUACCCACCAUCCGGCCCAACCCAAAGUCAUGUACCCCUGUUGGAUCGGCUGUAUCGUCACCUCGUUUAGGUGUUAUCCCACUUCCUGCUGAAACUUCGUCGUCGUCGUCCGUGACUCAGGCAAUGUCAGUCUCAGCCACAGCAAGGUUGUCAAAGCCACUUCCGACGCGAAAAGCUUUCUCGCCCGUAUCUUCCGCCUCUAAUAAGCCUCCUGGUGGUCAAGGACAAGCUUCUAUGACUGGCAGACAAACAUCCGUAGCUGGCCCAUCCACUUUCUUUGAUAGACCAUCCACGUCCUCCGAUAAGCCAUCCGCGUCGUCUAAUAGACUAGCUUCGGUGCGCGAAGCCAAAGCAGCGGCCGCAGCAGUAGCUUCCAACCUCGCUUCCUCAAAGCCGCUUCCUGCAUGUUCAAAACCGAGUUCGAUAGUUUCGAAGCCGGUGGCUUCAGGUUCGAAGCUGGUUUCCACAUCCGCCAUACCGAUGUCCACAUCCUCGAAGCCGAUUCCUACAUCCUCGAAGCCACUUUCCACGACGUCGAAGGCAACUCCUACACCUCCAACGUCCGGAGGGGACCCAUGGAGAGGCACUGCGCUCGGCCUUCAAAACGCACAACGUCUUCCUGCGUAUAUGGUACCUGGUGCACAGAAGCCCCAUCUUCCGCACUUUAAGAAGAAUGUUCUUGAUGCCGGUACAAUACCAGCCUCUCCUGUGGAUGAUGAUGACGAUGGUUUAGCCAAGAUUGAGAGCUGUUUGGCGUAUAGAAGGCCGUCACAGGAUCAGUUGCCUUCGCCUGCCCUCGAGACACCGCAUUUGGCCGGGUCGAACACAAACUCAAGGCCAAGUUCUAGAGGGGUGAAUAGGGUCCCGUCAGAUUUGUUGAGCGGUAGACUGUCGAAGCUGAAGUUAUACACACCGACUCACGCGACCGUGCCCCUACCUCCAACACCUGUUUCCGCUUCUUCCAGUGGACAUCCGAUAUUCCCUUCAGCAUCAAGUCCUUCAUCUUCGUCGGCGAAUAGCAGUCCACACAUAGGCGGUGUCGCUACCCCUGGGUUGCCCACGCCCAUUACUCCCAACUUCACCACUUUCCCAAUGGAGAGUAGAUGGGGAGGCGCUACUCCUGGGCGUCGGGCGUCCCCUCCAAUGGACGACAACAAGAGAGAAGCCGACAUCUGCAAGAGCAAAGUCAGCAUCCGCGCUCGAGUCAAGUAG